AUGGCUAGAGCAAUGGGAGGGGGCCCCGGCAUAGAGAACAGUAAGGAUAACGAGCGCUCCGCCCGCUUGGCGGGCGGCAGGAGCUGCGGGCAAGUGCUUGGUAGGCCAACAGCCCUGGGGCCGGACGGCUUUGUUUGCCCCAGCUUGGCUAAUCGCAUCCCCGCGCAACGACAUUCCGCCCCUUACCGUUCUCGCUCAGUCUUUGCAACGGCUGGGGAGGCAGUCGUAGAAGCGAAGCCUAUCGCCACGCCGACCAUAAAAGACGAGAUUGGGCCCCUUCUCAAAGAUUUGAUGGAAUGGCCCACCCAAGAGCGCUUAUGUAAUAUGGGAACUCAUGGCUGGAAACAAUCCUUCCUUAUGGUUUUGAUAUCCGGUAGGAAUAAUCAGAAUAAAAGUCCAGAUUUUUUUGUUGCUAAAUGUUACGGCCUAAAUGCUGAACUAUUGACCCUACUUGUUCGGAUGGGUGUUCACCCCAAAGUGUUCCCGGACCGCAUGCAUACAUACGUAAGUAACUUAGUGCAACAUGGCAAAUUUAAUUGA